UGUCCGGGAAGGUCGCUUUCAGCAGAACCGCCUGUUGUGUCAUUCCAGUGGUGAGCUACAGGCAGACACGCUUUCCUGCCUCUGCUGUUCUCUGUCUAUCCCGGACGUCUGCAGUAUAUUCGUGUGUUUGCGAGCCUGCUAUGGAUUCUAUUAUAACGGAAUACGCUCGUCUUCUCCGGGUGUAGACAGAGGCGACGGACCGCCUGAACUCAACUAGCCGCUAAAGUCUUAUCUCGGCGGGGGUUGCGUUUUGUGUUGCACCGAGGUCCUUGGUUCUGAGAACCCCCCCAAAAUGGAGAAGUUGGAAAAGGGAACCAAAUCAGAGGAAGAGUGUGAAUCUCCCGAGGACGAAGAGGUUGACCCCAGGAUCCAGGGGGAGUUGGACAAGUUGAACCAGUCUACAGAGGACAUCAACCGCUGGGAGACAGAGCUGGAGGACUGUCGUCAGAGGUUCCGUGCGGUGCUGGUAGAAGCCACAGUGAAGCUGGAUGAGCAGGUGAAGAGGAUCGGCAGAGCUGUAGAGGACUCCAAACCUUACUGGGAGGCCAGGAGAGUGGCCAGACAGGCCCAGCUGGAGGCCCAGAGGGCAACGGGGGAGUUCCAGCGUGCGGUGGAGAUCCUGCGGGCGGCUAAAGAGACCAUCGCCCUGGCAGAGGAGAGACUACUGGAGGAGGACAGCAGACAGUUUGACUCAGCCUGGCAGGAGAUGCUCAACCACGCCACCAACAGGGUGAUGGAGGCGGAGACGACGAGGACUCGUAGCGAAUUAGAGCACAGAAAGAUGGCGAACCACUACAACGCCUGCAUCAGUCAUAUGAGACAGCUGGAGAAGAAACUCAAACGCACCAUCAACAAGUCCAGGCCAUAUUUUGAACUGAAGGCGAAGUACUACCUACAACUGGAGCAACUAAAACAUUGCGUAGACGAGCAUCAGGCGAAGCUGACCGUUGCCAAGGCAGACUACCGCACAGCGCUGCGUAACCUAGAGACCAUCUCCGAGGAGAUCCACGCCCGGCGACGCUCCGUCACCAUGGGAACCAGAGGGAGGGGUGUGGGGGCCGAGGGGGAUGGAGGCCAUGAGGACAUCACCAACUUCAAGAUGGAGUCAGACGGACUGUCCAUGGCGUCUGUGACGUUUGAUGAAGAAAGAGGAUCAGAGGAAGAGACAGAAACACACUCCACCUCCGCUGCCCUCGACAUUCCCUCCUCCUCCCAUCAUCCC